AUGUUGUCUACCAAGAAAAAUGUCCGCAGCAAGGAAAAUGUCCGCAGCAAGGAAAAUGUCGGCAUCAAAGGAAAACGUGUACAGCAAGGGAAAAUGUCGGUAAAAUAUGAAAAUGUCGACAACAAAGGAAAAUAUCGGCAUCAAAGGAAAAUGUCGACUGGAAAAUUCCAAGUGUCUGUCUGUCUAUCUAUCUAUUUAUCCCACUUAUUAAAUCUAUCUAUCUAUCUAUCUAUCUAUCUAUCUAUCUAUCUAUCUAUCUAUCUAUCUAUCUAUCUAUCCCAUUCUCUUUUAAUCUCUCUCUCUCUCUCUGUCUCUCUCUAUCUAUCUAUCUCUCUCAUUACAAGAAUUUAUCUAUCUAUCUAUCUAUCUAUCUAUCUAUCUUUGGCUAUGCCUUUUCUUUUUAUCUAUCUAUCUAUCUAUCUAUCUAUCUAUCUAUCUAUCUAUCUAUCUAUCUAUCUAUCUAUCUUUGGCUAUGCCUUUUCUUUUUAUCUAUCUAUCUAUCUAUCUAUCUAUCUAUCUUUUUAUCUAUCUUUUUCUAUCUAUCUAUCUCUAUCUAUCUAUCUAUCUAUCUAUCUAUCAGCCGAUUCAUAUCUAUCCCAGUAUCUAUCUCAGACCUUCUAUAUCUAUUUUAGUAUUUGCAUUCUCUAUAUCUCCCUGUUAAUAUCUAUGUAUCUGUCUAUCCCAUUCUGUUUGCAUCUAUCUAUCUAUCUAUCUAUCUAUCUAUCUAUCUAUCUAUCUAUCUAUCUAGGGCAUGUCUAA